UCUCUUGCUUAACAAUUCGCCCCCCCUUUCCCAUCUUCUCCACUUUAUAUAUCACUGACACUCUUUUCUCCACAACACAUCAACUCGAAACCUUUCCCAUUUCCUUACAACUCACCAACUUUUACUCCCAAAAAAAGAAAAAAAUAAUGGCUUGUGGGUUCAACUCAGUUACGGCUCUGUUAUGCCUUUUUUCAUUCUGGAUUUUCACUUUCAGUUUCACGUCAGCAGCACACCAAUCGGCCCCUGCUCCAGCAGCAGAUUGCAACAACCUGGUACUCAACUUGGCUGACUGUUUGUCUUUCGUAACCAACGGCAGUACGGAGAAGAAACCAGCGGGUUCUUGUUGUUCUGGACUGAAAAUGGUGUUGAAAACAGACGCUGAGUGUCUCUGUGAAGGGUUCAAGAACAGUGCUCAGUUGGGUGUUGCUCUUAAUGUCACAAAGGCCUUAUCUUUGCCUUCCGCUUGCCAUGUCUCUGCUCCUUCUGUUACCAAUUGUGGUUGUUUCGUAAAUGGGCGUGAAUGUGAGUAUUGGCUCUGGAGCUGCACCUGCUCUUUCCCCGACCGCUGUAUCACCAAGCGCGACAGCAGGUACACCAAGUACUGCGGCAGGGACCAACGUGGUUGCUCCAGCGCCUGCUCCGGGAAGUUCCGGUUCAGCUUCACUUUGUCAAUCUUUUGGGCCGCUGGCUCUGACCAUAGGAGCUGCAUUUUUCUCUUUAUUCUAAGUAACAUUUUUCUGUAAUGUUUGUGGUAGGGGUGUGCAUUCGAAUCGGUUUAUCGAUAAAUCGAAUCGAUUAUUUGUUGUCGAAAUCGAAAUCGAAAAAU